AUGUCGUCCACAUCGUCUAAUCCGUCGAUACCCAAUAUACCUCCUCCAACUGCCCCCUGGAAUCCCACACCUGUCUCGCCAAAGCCGCGCGGUCUUCGCAAGUUGCACUCUACCCAAGCCUUGUCACAAUCGGCCGCUCUGAACGUCCCGAUUUCUGCACAGUCACGCCUUCGACAACAGCGCUCCGUAUCUGCUUUCCAUAAAGAUUCCCUCAACAAUCAAUUGUCUGCAAUUAGCUCGUCGCGACCGUUUGGCCGAGCCAGAUCGAAUAGCGAUGCCUCUACGAAAGGUCCACCCACCGUCGCACUUCCAAUUCGACGUGGCGCGGGGCAGAGUUCAUUACCGACACCAACCACCACCCCAAAAAGCUUAGAUAUAAUGUUAAGACAUGUCCCGGCUAAAAAUGAGAUACCACUGGGUAUUCAAGAAAUAAAGACAUUGGUUCUCGCUCACGGCGUUCCAAGUGACAGUGACGGAAUGUCUACCUCCCGGAUCUACUUGUGGUUAAUUUUUCUCAGCGCGCCUUCUCUACCUACCGAUAACUACCUUGGUUUGAUUCACCGCGGUCCCUCCCCGGCAUAUUCGAAAAUCCGCAAUGAUACCUUUCGUACACUGGCGACUGAUCCUCUUUUCCGAAGAAGAGUUAGCGAAGCGAGCUUGAUCCGAUUAUUGAAUGCCGUGGCUUGGAGGUUACAUGAUGCCAAGGAGGAACGCAACCUUAGCACCAAGAAUCAAUCUGCAAUAACAACCCUGGCUGAAGCCAGUCCUGAGCUCCACCCGGUGUUCAACUUUAUACCUUCAGCUAAGCAUGCUCGCGGCCCGCCAACCGCAACCACGACCGAGGGCUCUGAAGCAGGAAGUGCUGAGCCAGGUACUUAUGUGCAAGGGAUGAACGUGCUUGCGGCUCCGUUCCUCUACGCUGCGCGCAGUGAAGUGGAGGCUUUCGUGGCCUUCCAUCGCUUUCUAACAGAAGAGUGUCCUGGGUAUGUGAGAGGUGCUAUGGAGGGUGUUCAUCGAGGCCUUUCCCUUGUUGAUAGGGUGCUGGCCAUUGUGGAUCCAGCUCUAUCAGCAUAUCUGCUGUCAAAAGGCAUGCAGGCCAAGUUGUACGCCUUUCCAUCUGUACUAACACUCUGCGCCUGCACUCCACCUCUUCCAGAAGUACUUCACCUCUGGGACUUUCUGUUCGCCUCCGGAGCACAUAUGAAUGUCCUAUGUAUUGUGGCACAAUUAAUCAUGACCCGAGAUGCGAUCCUCGAGAGCCCAAGCCCCAUGAAAGUUUUAAGGUCAUUCCCUCCACUACAAGCUUCCAAGAUAAAGUGGCUUGCUAUUAGUAUCCUCGACCGAAUCCCCAAUGGUCUCUACGAUGAGAUUGUUGAUCACGCCAAAUAA